AUGCUGAUUGGGGAUCUGAACGGGAGAAUCGGUCAAGUUGCAGGAACAAUUAACGAAGCAAAAGGAAUUAAUAGGCAGACUAAAGAUGUAGUGUGCAAUACAAGAGGAAAACGAAUAAUUGAACUGUGUGACUCGUUUGGAUUGAGAAUUCUAAAUGGAACAAUGCCCAGUGACGUUUCUGGUGAUUUUACUUUUGUUGGUGGUCAAGGUUCAUCAACUAUUGAUUAUUCAAUGAUAGGCGAAGAUUGGAAACCCUUUGUGACUGAUUUCGAGGUGCGAGAACUUCCAUACUCAGACCAUCUGCCGAUAGUCGUUACCUUACGGAUGACUGGGCAUUCAACUGUAGUAAAUAACAUCGACCAAUUACUUCCUAGACUCAACUGGAAACUCUCAAAAGCCUCAUUAUACAGACAACGUUUGGACACGAAUCUACACAACCGCCAAAAUACGGACUUUCGCUUGCUAGAUCAAAUUGUUAAGGCAUCUUAUCCACAGCAGCAGAUUAGUACUACACGAAACAAAAUAAGGGUAGAGCCUUGGUUUGACGAAGAAUGCCAGAAGGCACGCAGAAUUUCAUUCGCAUGGCUCAGGAAUUUCAGAAACUCACCUCAAGGUCAAUUUAGAAACAUAUACAUCGAAGCUAAUACGACAUAUAAAAAACUGUGCAAAAGCAAAAAGCGAGAGUAUGAGGAACGACAAGCGGCCAGGUUGGCCUCUUGUAAUAAUGCAUCAACGUUUUGGAAACUUGCGUGGGAGCUAAAUGGUAAAAAACCGCCAAUACACAAAAAUCUGUGUGCAAAUAUGCUAGCCGAACACUUUCGGAAACUCCUCAACCCAGAAAUGAUGCCAUCUAUCUGGCAAUAUGCAACACCUGGUAUAACCAAUGAAAUAUUGGACUCGCAGUUUACUGCACAAGAAUGGGAGCAAGCGUUAUGUACUCUGAAAGAUGGGAAAGCAGCAGGCGCAAACGGUAUCCCAGCCGAAUUUUACAAAUAUGGCACUUCUGCACUUAAUGAUCGACUUCUUACGAUGUUCAAUAAAGUCAUAGAGGGGAAUUUGGUAGUGAAUGAAUAUCAAGAAGCUGUUAUAUUCCCAAUACAUAAGAAAGGAUCAUACGCGGAUGCUUCAAACUAUCGGGGCAUUUCCUUCUUGAAUGCAACAUAUAAAAUUCUUACAACGAUGAUGCAGAAAAGUCUCAACAAGUGGAUUAAGUCUCAGAACAUACUGAAAGAGUUUCAAGCAGGUUUUAGAGCAGGCUACUCUACAAUGGACAAUAUUUUUGUACUCUGA